UCAUCACAUUUCUUACACACACACACACACACACACACACACACUCUUCAAGCCGGUGCUGUAGAGCAGGAUCUACCCUAACUUGUCGUUAUUAGACGAAUGAACGCUGUUUUGUAUAUCCUUUCAUUUCAGUUAAAUUUAAAAAAAAAUUUUUUUUGCAGGGAAUGCAGGAGAUUAUGUCCAGACAGCUCACAAUGAAUCCAGCUUUCCUACGUCCGCAAACUAACGGCGUUUUGAAGGCGCUCCUGGAAAAACCUCUGAAACUACCUUUGCACCAAGAUGAAGGCUAUGUGAAGGAGAGAGAGAAGGUGAAAAAGCUGGAGGAAGAAGGAAACGCUCCUCAAUCAGCUUUCUUGGGGCCAACGCUUUGGGAUAAAACAUUGUCUUAUGAUGGAGACAGCUGCUUUCAGUUGGAGUAUAUGGACCUUGAGGAGUUUCUCUCUGAAAAUGGCAUCCCCUCUAGUCCCGCACAACAUGACCAAAGCCUCCAUCACCAGCAGCAGCAGGCUUCAAUGCCUCAGGGCCCCAUCUCAGUCAUGGACCUCAGCAGCCAGGCAAUCACCUCCAUCCACACGGGCAUGGUUCCUCAGAACUGCCUCCACAGCCCGGGCAGACCAGUUUUGCCUCCAUCACGUAACACACCAAGUCCAGUAGACCCAGAGUCCAUUCAGAUACCAGUGAGCUACGAGCCCGAUCCGGCAGACCUCGCUCUGUCCAGCGUGCCAGGUCAAGAGGUUUUCGACCCACGCAAACACAAGUUCUCCGAAGAGGAGCUGAAACCUCAGCCUAUGAUCAAGAAAGCACGCAAAGUCUUCAUUUCUGAUGAUAUGAAGCAGGAUGAAAAAUACUGGGUACGGCGCAGAAAGAACAACACGGCCGCCAAGAGAUCACGGGACGCUCGACGUCUAAAGGAGAAUCAGAUUGCCAUCCGGGCUGGUUUCCUGGAGAAAGAGAACGCGGCUCUCCGACAGGAAGUUUCCGAACUACGGAGAGAGCUGGGGCGGUGUAAAAACGUCUUAAUCAAGUAUGAAGCUCAACACGGCCCUCUGUGAGAUCACCCGGGUGCUCCUCAACUUCCCUCACCCCUGCCCAUCUAAUUCGAAGGACAAUAUUCUUGGGUUA